AUGAUAACUAACAUACAAGGUAUACCAGAAAAACAGACUUACAAAGAAAGCCAGUUAAAUGUUAGAUCAAAACGGAAGAGUUCUACUAAAGGUCAAAACAGUUCUAAGAUUAACACAAAAGCUGUUAAAAUUAGCAAGACAGACGAAAAGUGUAGGCCUGUUGAAGCUAAUAACAAGAAGGCAGUUGAAAUAGAAACUUCAUCAGUCAACUGUUGUGUCACUACAACAGUUUCACCCUCUCAAAAUGGUCCUUCCUCUGUCAGUCCACCACAAUGUUUAGCAUCCACUGUUUUAACCAAUAGCAGCUCAGUGACUAAAGAAAAUGUUGUUUUGAAGACAGUAUCUACAACACAGUCAUAUGCAGCUAAUCCUACCCAGAGAAUAGUAAUUCCCCAGGCUACAAUUCUGCAGAAUCCCAUAAAGAAUCAGCAAGCAUUGAUACAAGGAAUUCAAAAACAAUCACUAAACAGUGGUCAGUUGAAUCGAACAGAGAAGUUUAUUCUGCCCUCUGGAUUUGUAAAGGAUGAAUCUACCAACCAGAUGUUUCACACUUACCGCUUCAAUGGGCACACAUUUGCCAUGAUUGACAAUAAACUGUACCAGAUCCAUUUAAAAAGCUCAGAUGGCAAAACAAAAACAGUGAUUGGUGCAAUGAUACCUACAACAGCUUCUGCAAGUACUGCCAAUGCUAGGCCAGGGAUGGUAAAUGCUGAGAUAACGAAAAAUUCAUCUGCAGUUUUCAGUUCAACUACUGCUUACUCUACCAUUUCAUCUGUAGGGUCCGUCUCUUCAAACACAACUGUAGGGACAGCUGCAAAGGUAUUACAGAAACCUGUUACAUACAGAUUUCCAGUGAAUAUUCUCCCUUCUUCAAAACCAAAUCAGUCCUUGAGUCUGCUGCUAAUUUCUACAAGUCCUAGUAGUGCUGCCACACAGAGUACACAGAUGGAAAUAACUAUGUCAGAGCCCAGUUACAACAGACUUUGGGACAGAAAAGUGACAAGUCCAGGAUUUGUCUCUGGUUUAGGAACAAACAUGGUAAAAUUGCCAGUUACAUUCACACAUACAGCAGGAUUCCAGGUUGGAAACUCUACAAGUAUCCCUCUUGCUGUAGGAUCAUUGUCAGUUACACAGCCUGUUGUUCAAAGAAACUUGCCAAAAAGUCCAGUUAGGAACCACCAAGUUAAUACAUGUGGUCAGUUAACAAAUUAUAGAGCCAUUAGUCCUAGGACAGCUAAAAGUCUUCUGACUAACAAGACUUACGUUAUUACUAACACUUCACCGGUACAUAGUGCAAAAGUAAAUGUGCAAAGUCCAACAAGCAUUGAAUAUUGUGGCUCUGUUGUUCUUAGCUCUGCUUCAAAUAAGAAACUGUCAGAUACACAGAUACAACAGAAUUUUCGUAUUGUGGAGAGACAAGUGAAUGUACUGAAUUCUAAAUCUGAAGGGGAAAGUGCACUUGUUUCUGUUCCCAGUACUGUAGCUUCUCAUGAGCUUGGGAAUUCAGGUCCAAGUUUGAAAGUACAUGCUAUAAUUGCAUCAAACAAUGAGAUAAAACAAGGGAAAACAAUACAUCUUGAAAGUGAUACCAUAGCUGAAAAACCUGGUAAUGAAAUCUCACAUCAUAAUGUUUCCGUACGUGAUAGUUCAAGAUAUGCUCUUCGACCAAAGUCACCAGCCAAAAUUUGCAGCUCAAUGGAUAGCUUUAUCUACACCGCAAAAAGGAAAAGGAAAGGGACACCACUUAAGAAGGCUCAAAUAGAACAUUCAUCAAUGCAACCUCAGCUACAGAAAACAGGUGAUAGCCUUAGCUUAGUAAAGACCAGCGAAUAUCUGGAGGAGAAAAGUCAGGAUCAUACAGCUUUAGCAGAUAAUAGUAAAACAUUUCACGAAAAGAUCACAGAACCUGUCCCAUUCCUUGAUUAUCCUGCGAGAAUAGUUUCGACAGGUAAGUCUGGAUGUAGUAAGAAAUUGAGUGAGAUAGUGGCAUCCCCUAAAGAUAAGGUGAAAAGUGGACAGAAUUCUGACACAAGCCUAGGUGAAGAGAAAAUUGCUGAAAUGAUCAGUUUUGCAAACAUGCUUGAAAAGAUUAACGAAAAAGGCGCUGUUAAUAAACAGCCAAAGAGAAAAAAAUUAUUCAAAAGGAGACGAACUGAUGAUGUAAAGGUUCAAGAAAAGGACAGUCAUGACAUUUCAAGUACAGACAGUGAGCAUGGAACUGAUAAAAUUGUUGACAUUGUAGAAAAUGUUAAACAACAAGAUACUGCAAUAGAUAUUGUUACUUUGAACCAAGAUGAGGAGGAGAAACCUGAAAAUAAAUCAGAUUUUAUUGAAGGCGGUGAAGAACAACCAGCAACUUCUGUAUCGAUGAACAAAGACAUUGAACAGCAUAAAGACAAGAAUAUGUUUAAUGAACUUGAACUGUUAGUAUCCAAGCAAAACUCACUCUCUGAAAGUUGUAAUGAGUCAAAUGAUUCUUAUGAUAGUUCAGAUUUAGAGACUUAUGAAAAAUUUGUUUCAAAUAGAAAAGCUACAUCAGAUAUCAUGAAACCAAAAAGCCAGCUAAUCGAAAGUUACUACACAAGUCAAGGUAUGAAAGAGAUGAAAAGAUGUAACCUGGAACCAAAACAUUCAUUUCCAGUAGCAGGCACAUAUGUCACUUCAGAAAAUAGUCCUAAGAUAGCAGAAUUGGAAAGUGUUACUUCAGAAAGUAGUCUGAAGACAACAGCAGGUGAAGCUGGAAAAUUAAACACACAGUCUAAGAAAACUCUGCCAGAAACUGCCAGUCUGAACUCAGAAAAUAGUACCUUGACACCCAAAAUUAGAUCAGGUCUAGGUCCAGUAAAAGUGAAAUGUUCUUCAGAGAGUGACAUACUGCUACAAAGUAAACCAGAAGUUACACAAACUUCGAGUUUGACACAGGCUAACCAAAAGUCGUUCACUGUGGGAGGUAAACAAGUGAAGAGACUCAUCAAAACAAAAUUCAUUAUACUGAAAGGUGAUAUAUGUGACCGAUGGUUUGACAUCAAAAGGAAGACUGGCUUUGGUGAGAUGUCCGACCCUAAAUUCAUCCAUUAUCUCCUACGGUCGGAAGAAGAGAGGCAGACAAAGAUGACCCAAAUAAAUGAAGCACAGGUUCAGACAGACAACUGUGACAGUCUGAUCAGUGGUCAAUUGCAGUCAGAUAAUACAGAAAUCGAACCUACAAGGGAGAUAAACUGUAGUGCUGCUGUGGAAGUUCUUGCUGUGGAUUCUGGUUCUGGAUAUGGUGCUGUGGACUUGAACAAUAACAGUAAUGCCAACUGUUGUACUGUUGACAAGAUAGCUGUCUCAGACAUGGAGGAUUUAGAAGCCACUAUAGUAAAUGUUACAGACACACCACAAAGCAGUCCCAGGCUGUCACUGGCUUCCACUCCAGAAAUUAUUUUUCAGACAUGUCCACAGGAUACUGAAUUCCUCCAAAAUGACCAGUUUUCAGAAACAACUAGAUCAAUUGCAGCAAGUCAAAAGAAACUUGGUGAUGAAAGAACAGACAUCCCUCCUAGCAUGGUGGCUUCACAAAAGGCUCCUGUAAUGCCUGACCAUUCUCGGAAGAGAUUUGCUAAAGAGACAGAUGUUACUGAUGCUCCAGUAGCCAAGAAAAAGUUCACUUUCCUUUCCAGUACCACACAGAGACAAAUGCAGUGGGCUGUAUCCUUGUUUAGAGAGUGGUUGAGAGAGAAGGGUGAAGAGGACAUACAGUUUGAAUGUAGAGAUUCAGCUUGGUUAGAUGACAAACUAGCCAAGUUCUAUACAGAUGCUCUAUCACAUGAAGGAACACCAUAUUCUGUAAUUAUCUUGCAAACAUUCCGAAGAUCCCUGUCUCUGUACUUGGCUUCAAACAGCAGUAGUCAGAAUGUCCGCAUUAGCAUCUCUCAGGAUCCUGAGUACGCUACAUCCAAUGAAGUUCUAACAGAUCUUAUAUUUUCUGAAACUCGGCAGAAUACUGUAACUGUGAGUACAGUGACAGAUAAUGUGACUUAUCCAAUAACUGAGGAGGAUAUGGAGAAAUUGUAUUCUACAAGGACUUUAUCAGAUGAUGACCCUACCUGUUUAAUGUGGAAGGUAUGGUUCGAUAUCACCUUCCACCUAUGUAAAGGGAAACUACCAAGAAAUUUCUGGCGUUCAUUGACUAAACGUAGCCUAGUUCUAGAAAGUGAUGUAAAUGGCGUAUUCUAUUCCUUUGCUGAUUAUGUGUAUAGCCCACCAGAUGAAGAACCAGGCAGAAUGUAUGCAACUCCGAAUGAACCUGAAAAGUGUCCAGUUAGAUCUAUGUCAUUUUAUCUGUCUAAACUGUGUGCGAAUUGUGAAGCAUUAUUCCAGUGUUCCAAAAGGUCCUGGCAUAAACUACAGGAUAGAUGGUAUUUACCAGUUCCAGUGAGCAGGGAAAAGUUAGAUAAGGUUAUGUCUAAAGUAUCUGAACAUGCACAGCUGUCCAGGACGUAUGAUGCAUCCAGUGUUAUACUCACUGCCAAGCUGAGGAGCAUUAAGAAAGAGUGAAAGUCCAAGUGUUUGAAAAUGUAGCCAUAUACUUAAUGUUUAAUAUGAAGUCAAACAGAUCAGGGAGUUUUUCUAUAGUUAGGUAUUUACUAGAUAAAAAUGUUCUACAAAUGUGACUACAGCCACAGCAUGAGGAAGAACAUUUGAUAAAGCCAUGAAUAUACAAAUUAACAUCUGGUUUACAAUUAUUGUAUACUAAUUGAGGGUUUACAAAUUUCUGUUUCUUAAAACAAGCAAUAGAGACUUGUUUGAAGAACAAUUAACAGUACCUAUGAAUAUUCCUUGAGGUGCGACAUGUUAUUUCAAAAGAAGUAUUUCAAAAAGUUUUUUUUUUUUAUUCAGUCCACAAAGAUUUUGUGGAAAACAUUUGUUCUCAUUUACCUUGUGCAGGAAGAUGAUUGGACCUGUCUUGCAUUUUCAUAUAUUUCUUUGAUAUUUUUAAUAAACUCUGGGAAUGAUGACCCUCUGUAGCAGGAUUUUCUCAUGAUAUCUUGACUGAGGGAGGAAAUCUUAUCCAUAGAUUUACAUGUGUCUUUAAAAAAGACUUGCUUGAAUUCCAUAAUGUUCAAUUUUUAAGGCUUACACCUGAAAUUGAUACUAUAAUUGGGCCAAGACCUUGGCCAGUCUUUGCUCAUUUUGGAAGCUGUAGGAGUGUCUAGUGUUUAUUAAGUCCAAGUUUAAGUUAAUAUUUCAUUUGUAGUUUUAGACCUAAAAGUACCUUGUGAGAUAUUGGAGUUUUUUUACCUUCUUUUUUGCUUGUAUAAAUGACAGAAAUAGUUCUUUCUUUCUGUUAGAAGAGAAAAAACUUUUCUAGGCUAAGAGGUGUAUACAUAUUGUAAUUUAGAUUUAUUUCAAGAAAUCUAAUAUUUUUAUUAUAGCCUAAUGUAGUUUAAAUCAUUAGUACUAUUUUUCUGAUCUGAGGGUAUUUAUUUUUUAGUGUUUUCUUUUUUUAUAUAUAAAAUAAACAAUAUCAUUAGUGGUCUACAUUUAAAAAGAUCUAUUUGCAUUCAGCAUUGUGUUUUAUUGUGAAAAUUGGAAACUUUGUCUCUGCUUACUGUGAUUUUUAAUGCAUGACCUGGUCUAUUUGAUAAUUGUCUCAUAUUUCGUUAAUUUUACACCACUUUUGUUGUCUGGUAAGGUCACAUUGCCAGCUAAUUAGUACGACAUAUUUUUUGUCUACACUUCUGGCUUUGUGAGUUUAUCAUUGCCUAUUAUUUGAUUUCUUUUAAUGUCACACCACAGGUUAAGAUAUGAAUAUCAGAUAUUUGUAGUGCACCUAUGCUAAGUAUUGCGAAGUUGUCAUAUUUAAGUUCUUUAUUUAUUGUUUCCAUCCUUAUCAGUUGAAAUUUCUGAAUGCUUUAUAUAGAUUUGCCCUUGUCCGUCCGUCCUUCCUAGAAUGUUGUGUCGAGCGUAGCUCCAAAAGUAUUUGAUGUAGAGUCACAAAACUUUACAGGAAUGUUGGUCAGCAUGUGUAGUUAUGCACCUGGGGUUUCACGUCCGGAUUCAUUCAGUCAUGUAGGAGUUAUGGCCCCUGACUUUGUAAAAAUUGGUCAUUUUAAUGUUGUGUCGCGCUUAGCUCCAAAAGUAUUUGACCUAGAGUCACAAAACUAUACAGGAAUGUUGGUCAGCAUGUGUAGUUGUGCACCUGGGGUUUUGCGUCCGGAUUCAUUCAGUUGUGUAGUAGUUAUGGCCCCUGACUUAGUAAAAAAUUGGUCAUUUUAAUGUUGUGUCGCGCGUAGCUCAAUAAGUAUUUGACCUAGAGUCACCAAAGUUUACAGGAAUGUUGGUCAGCAAGUGCAGUUGUGCACCUGGGGUUUCGCGUCCGGAUUCAUUCAGUCGUGUAGGAGU